UCAUUAAGUGUUAGUUAAUUUCUUCUUACCUGUUUCCCCUAACAAUCCAGCUGCCGUUUUCUUUGUCUUCAUUUCGCUCAAUUCAUGCCACGAAUGCUUCAUAACAGCCAGGCGGGUCAAUGGCUGAAUGUGACUUCUCAUCGAUUAUUUACGUGAUGAACGUGGUGAUGAGCUUUGAUGGCUAUUCGCCCAGUUGAGCUGGGACUGAUGACUGGAGACGCUCGCUAUGAUAAUUUUUACGGUUUUUCUUUUACUGGGCUUACCUGGUGUAGCUCGAACUUCGCAAUUAGAUACUCGUCAGAAUGGCCCAAGUGGGAACUCCUCGGUAGUCCUGCCAUCGCCAAGUCUGAGCAGCCAGAAGGAACCUUUGGCACCUUCACUGGUAGCCACUCCGUUACGGGUUACCACUCCGUCAAGCAUCACGAAGCGGGAGCGUGGUCCACAAGGUUUUGACGGUAUCGGUCUUCCGGGUCCGCCACCUCCGUCCGCUCCUGGAAGUCCGACUCCUCCAGUGGAAUUAUCGCCACCGGCAGAAAAUCCUGCUAAUCCAGUAGCGACAUCGACUAUUGUUGAUGUUGAAACUGUGGUUAGCACGACUAUACUCACUCUCGCUUCGCCAACUAUUCCAACUGCUGUAGCUUUGCCCGAAACUCCAUCGGCACAGCUCACGACUAUCAUUACGACAAAUUCUCGGUCGGCGAGAAUACCCUCACCAACCACUUUCCUUACUUCUAAAAUCACGUCUAGUGUUACCAGCUUGACACUGAGUGAAAACUCUAAAACCGCAGCUAUUGUGCCGAAUUCUAACCCUGUUUCCUCACCUACCGGAGCAGUCACGAUGACCAGUUCUACUCCGACUCCCAGCAGUGUCAGCUCGAAUGAUAACGGAAGUGGGAGUUCAACAUUAACCAUCGUCCUUAGUACGGUUCUGAGCAUCGCAGGUGUAGUUUUGAUUGCAGUGGCCGCUUAUUUAUGCACGGGAGACCGGCGGAGAAGAUUACCAAUGUUUAACAGAGGCAUCACCCCGAUCGGUGACGAUGAGAUAGCAACGUGGAAGUCGAAUCGAUCGGCAGAGAAGGUUAAUAAGUUUACGACUCGGCCGACUCACUCACACAACGGAUCCACGUCAACAUCUACCAGAAGAGCCCCAAGCUUAAUCCAAUAUCAAACCGGCACUCGACCGUCUCUCGAAGUAAUAUCGCCCAGAUCGUUUAUCGGCGACAAAAACAGCUUUGACUUACCGCAAAUUCCCGGGGCUGUGUUAGCACGGGCACCGAACGCACGAUCUGGCCUGACGGACGAGGCGGUUCCUGGAGACGAUCCAUUUUUACCAACCUCGAGACGACACACAUCAAGAUUGCAUAAACUACCGCCGAAUUCGCCGAUCAUGAGCAGUCGGAAAGAAUCGCGUAGCAAUAGUCUAAGAAGUUUUUCUGAACCUUCAUGGCGGGACAGUGCAGUAGAAACAUCGCCUCCUAGGGGUUCGAGUGAAGGCUUUGCGCGAAGCCAUCGUAUCUACUCGAAUUCACCGCUUCCGCCGCCGCCAAGACUAUCUUAUGGCGAAAACGACCAAUUUACGGGCCUAUCACCGCCUCCGUCACGGCGGAAUGAAAGCACAAUCGGAUUGGCUGUCGGCUGAGAAUUGUGAUCUGCCGUCUAUCUUGAUACCCAAGUUCGAUCCCUGUAGUUUGUACAUCCAAACCUUGGAGAUUUACCGGGGGGUGUAUCUAAACGUGCUUCGUCUGUUUCAGCCCUCGGACGUGCCUCAGGGAGUUAAGAAUUACCGGCUCGACUAUCCUUGCGCACCGCCGAAGAAACAACACACCAUCACACACGUGGAUCUUCGACGGAACGAAACUGAACAGAGAGAACCAAGUGCUCUUAUCGUUCAGGUCGCUUUAGGGCCAGCAUUGCUUAGGAACUGCAUAUUAGCUAGCCAAUAGCAGGCCCUGGUACCUCACUUGUCAGCUUCACGCCCCUUUUCGAUGCAUUAACAUGAUGCCAUUUUUUAAUCAUCCCGAUUUCUAGCCUUCGUGGCACAA